AGAUCCUCAUUUAGAAAGGCGCUUUCGGGUUGAGCUGCCGGUGGUCCACGAGGUUCUCUGACUUUGCUUCCAAGCGCAUCUGCAAUUCGAAAUGUCGCACCCGUCCCCGAAAACUAAGCCUUCCAACCCCUGUAACCCCAGAGUCUUCUUUGACGUGGACAUCGGAGGGGAGCGAGUUGGUCGAAUUGUCUUAGAAUUGUUUGCAGAUAUUGUACCCAAAACUGCAGAAAAUUUUCGUGCGUUGUGUACAGGAGAAAAAGGCAUUGGACCCACCACUGGGAAAUCUCUCCAUUUCAAAGGAUGCCCUUUCCAUCGAAUUAUUAAGAAAUUUAUGAUUCAGGGUGGAGAUUUCUCAAAUCAAAAUGGGACAGGUGGAGAAAGUAUUUAUGGUGAAAAAUUUGAAGAUGAAAAUUUCUAUUAUAAGCAUGAUCAGGAAGGUUUAUUGAGCAUGGCAAAUGCAGGCUGCAAUACAAAUGGUUCUCAGUUCUUUAUCACAACAGUCCCAACUCCUCACUUGGAUGGGAAACAUGUGGUAUUUGGCCAAGUAAUUAAAGGAAUGGGUGUGGCAAGGAUACUGGAAAAUGUAGAAGUGAAAGGUGAAAAACCUGCCAAAUUGUGCAUUAUUGCAGAAUGCGGAGAAUUGAAGGAAGGGGAUGAUUGUGGGAUAUACCCAAAAGAUGGCUCUGGUGACAGUCAUCCAGACUUCCCUGAGGAUGCAGAUAUAGAUUUAAAAGAUGUAAAUAAAAUUUUACUAAUAGCUGAAGAUGUAAAAAAUAUUGGAAAUACUUUUUUCAAAUCUCAGAACUGGGAAAUGGCCAUUAAAAAAUAUACAAAAGUUUUAAGGUAUGUGGAAGGUUCAAAGGCUGUUAUUGAGCAGGGAGAUAGAUCGAAGCUACAACCUAUAGCUUUAAGCUGCGUGCUGAAUAUUGGUGCUUGUAAACUGAAGAUGUCAAAUUGGCAGGGAGCAAUCGACAGUUGUUUGGAGGCUCUUGAAAUAGACCCAUCCAAUACCAAAGCAUUGUACCGUAGAGCUCAAGGAUGGCAAGGAUUAAAAGACUACGAUCAAGCACUGGCUGAUCUUAAGAAAGCUCAGGAGAUAGCACCAGAAGAUAAAGCUAUCCAGGCAGAGUUGCUGAAAGUCAAACAAAAGAUAAAGGCACAGAAAGAUAAAGAGAAGGCAGCAUAUGCAAAAAUGUUUGCCUAGUAAGAAAUUGUAUUACUUAAAUAUGCAUUGAUUAUUGUAUAAAGGCAGUAAGAAAAUUUAAAGGUUUUUGUCUGUUAUAUAUGGUCCCUGAUGUGUUUCCUUUGAUACUUCAGUUUUCUAUUGUUUACAGUUUAGGAAUACUGAAAAAAAGCUCACUCUUAAUAAAACUGUGUUACAAAAUACAAUGAGGUUUGAUUUUUUUUUUAAAAAUGGCUGUCUGCAUUAAUCACAAAGAGUAAUGGUGUCCAGCUCUAAACUCCUAAAAACACAUCUUGCUGAGUAAACAGAUUAAAGCUUGUUUAUAUACUGUUUCCCUCAAUUCUUUUGGUGUAUUUCUAUGUAGUUGGUUUUGCUGGUGUUUUGUACCUAUGUACAGUAGAUACUUAGGGGUCGGUAAACUUUCUCCAGAAGGCCAGAUAUUUUAGGCUUUGCGAACCAUUACCAUCUGUCACAACUACUCAUUUCUGCAGUUGUAGCCACAGACCAUGUAAACCAUUGGGCAUCACUGUGUUCCAGUAAAGCUAUUCAUGAGAAAAGUAGUGGGCUGGAUGCUAA